UGUUUGACUUUAAGUUAUAGGUCAAUUUUGCAAAAAUCCCUAUUAUCAACGCACAUUGGAUAGUAAAAUAAUAAUUUAAGCAUAGGAUAGCUUACAAAAGUAGAUGAUAAGAAACGUGAGGUAUCAAAUGUAGUUCAAUGGGUAUCGUGAUGAAAACACAAAAUAUUAGGUGAGGUGAAGGCGCAUAACACGCAAUAUAUAUAUAUAUAUAUAUACACUUAUAAAAACACUGCGUUAAGUAUUAACAAAUGCGAAAGAAGAGACAACUGAAUGUUAAGUGAGUUAAAAAAAAAAUGUUAGCAUCGUAAUUGGGAAUCCUACGUAGCCCACUUUCGUUGUAUAAAACUGUUUCGUUGAUUGUGAGCUGUGCUGCUACGUUGAUUGUGACUUCAGCGGCUACGUCACGUCUCUUAGACGUUUUCUGUUCACUAAAUGGUUUUGGUUUCAUACGCAAAUCGAAUACUUUUAUUUUUAUUCAUAUUCUAAUUUUCUUAACUGGAAUUUAUGAGGUGAAACUGAGAUUUAUGAGACUAUAAACAUGUCCAAGUUAAUUUUAAUAGUUUUUUUUUAAUAUAUUUAGAGAUCAUACUAUUUAUAUAUAAUAAUUUAAAAAAAAAAUUGGAGAUCAAAGUAAAUGUUUCAUCCGACUGUGUUUAGAAUUGAUCAUUAACCAGGACAGUGUAACUACGUUGUAAAUAUAUGCAAUUCCUAAAAUGUGCAUGCUUAUAUUUACAAAACGUACUGUAUAUCUUUUAGGAAAUUGUGAGUAUUUAUAUACAAUAACAAUAACAAUUAGGAUAUAUUUACAAGUCCCAUAGUUUCAACUUGUGACAAAAAUAAGUAUGCAUAAAAGUAAAUAAAGUAGGAUGUGAUUACUUUAUACAUAAAGCAAAGUUUAGAGAACGUAUGGACAAAAAUGAGAAAAGAGAAUAUGAAAGGAAUUUCUGUAUAAAUUGGAGCCAAGUAUUGGCACACACUUAUUAUAUUAGAGCCAAGUCCCACUCCUGGCACACGCCUAUUAAUAAUCCCCUUUAAACUCUCCCAAUACUCGCUUGUAUCACUACUCAUCUCAAGUUCACGUGAUUACUUACAUAGCGUUGCCCACAUACAGAUAUUUUCAGACACGACAAACCAAACACAUAGACAGAGUUUCUGCGGAGAAGCUCCAUUGAUGACGGAAAUUAGUGAUCAUACUUCAGUUCCCGCCAGCGUGGUCACACAGAUCCCAUUUCUUGUUAUCUUCAAAGAUUUAACACAUGUAUUCAGUAAGGAUGCAAUUGGGCGAGAGAUACUAGGCAUAGCGUUUCCUGCGGCUUUGGCUUUAGCUGCUGAUCCAAUAGCCUCUCUGAUUGACACCGCUUAUAUCGGACGUUUAGGAGCGGUUGAGCUAGCAGCGGUUGGAGUAUCCAUUGCGAUAUUUAACCAAGCUUCUAGAAUCACGAUAUUCCCAAUUGUGAGUGUUACAACUUCCUUUGUCGCUCAAGAAGACACGAUGGAGAAGAUGAAAGAAGACGAAGCAAAGAAAAACAAACUUGUUCAUGCAAAUACUUUAGCUGUUCAAGAUUCUUUGGAGAAAGGCAUUGCGUCACCCACAAGUAACAACAUUAACCAGCCGCAGCAAACGCCAGCUUUAGAUGCAAAGCCAAGCAGCGGAAACAAAGCAAAUAAGAAAGAAAAAAAGAAUAUUAAAUCGGCAUCAACGGCCAUGAUCAUAGGGUUAAUCCUAGGCCUUGUGCAAGCUAUAGUCUUGAUUUUCAGCUCGAAAGUGCUCCUAGGUGUCAUGGGAGUGAAACCGAAUUCUGCAGUGUUAUCACCAGCGCACAAAUACUUGACCAUACGAUCACUAGGUGCUCCUGCAUUGCUUCUGUCGCUUUCAAUGCAAGGCAUCUUUCGUGGCUUCAAGGACACCAAAACUCCUCUCUAUGCUACUAUCGUAGCAGAUGUUAUCAAUAUAAUUCUCGACCCAAUUUUCAUCUUUGUGCUUCACCUUGGCGUCAGCGGUGCAGCCAUUGCCCAUGUCAUUUCUCAGUACUUCAUGACUCUAAUACUAUUCAUCCGCCUCGCGAGUAAAGUUAAUUUGAUGCCACCAAACUUUGGAGCUUUGCAGUUCGGCAAGUUCCUUAAAAAUGGGGGACUAUUGCUGGCAAGGACCAUAGCUGUGACGUUUUGUCAGACACUAGCAGCAGCAAUGGCGGCUCGGCUAGGAACAACACCAAUGGCUGCAUUUCAAAUCUGUUUACAAGUCUGGUUAACUACGUCCCUCCUGGCAGAUGGUCUUGCUGUAGCCGGUCAGGCGAUUCUUGCUUGUUCUUUUGCCGAGAAGGAUUACAAUAAAGUGUCUUCUGCUGCAUCCCGUGUUCUACAGAUGGGUUUUGUGCUAGGACUUGGACUGUCCGUUUUUGUUGGACUAGGACUAUACUUUGGUGCUGGAAUAUUCACCAAGGACCCUGCUGUUAUUCACCUCAUAGCCAUUGGAAUACCGUUUGUAGCGGCGACACAGCCAAUAAACUCACUUGCUUUUGUGUUGGACGGAGUCAAUUUUGGAGCAUCUGAUUUUGCUUACACUGCAUACUCCAUGGUAGGAGUUGCAGCCAUAAGCAUUGCAGCAAUAAUACACAUGGCAAAGUUCAAUGGUUUUCUCGGAAUAUGGAUAGCUCUUACCAUCUAUAUGGGCCUUCGAGCUAUUACUGGAAUUGCCAGGAUAGCAACAGGAACUGGACCGUGGAGAUAUUUGCGUGGACGAUCCCCUUCAUCUUACUAGGACUUAGUUUAUAAUGAGAUGCACCUUUUUCGUCUUUCUUCGUUUUUGUUGUAUAUUUCUUGUGUUCUUUUCACAUUUUGCACGAAAGAGCUCUCUCUCUCUCUCUUGUUUAGCUUAAACACUAGUUGCAGAUAAAUAAUUUGAUCAGGCGAUUAUGUGGAGCCCUGGAUGGCUAGACAUUUUCUUUGUGGAAAUGUCUGGUUAGGCUAAGGUGCUUCAAAGAAGUCUGUAACUCACAUCUAUGCGCUAUGUCCAUAAUAAUACUACUUUUUGCAAACUCA